AUGGCGGUGCAGGCUUUGGUGGGGACUCUGGGAAACUGUAGUCAUCAGGGGAGAGAGAUCGCCCUGACCAGGAAACUGCUGGAGCAACUCCUGAAGCCACAGGGGGAACUACUAUCUAGGAGGUCUCCAUCCAGGAUCCUAUGGGGAGCCCAGCAAACUCCCAGGGAAAGCCUGACAAAGUGGGCCAGAUUCAGCAACCCAGCCGGAAGGACUCCUUGCAAUCUUAGCCCAGAACUAAGAAGCCCAAAGAGCCGUCUGAUCCAAUUAAAGAAAGAGAAGCUGGAGUACACUCCUGGAGAGCAUGAACAUGGAUUGUUCCCAGCUCCUAUUCAUGUUGGGAAGUAUCUGAGACAGAAGAGAAUAGAUUUCCAGCUGCCCUACGACAUCCUCUGGCAGUGGAAACAUAAUCAGUUGUACAAAAAGCCAGAUGUCCCACUUUAUAAAAAAAUCCGUUCUAAUGUCUAUGUAGAUGUUAAGCCUCUUUCUGGCUAUGAGGCCACCACCUGCAAUUGUAAGAAACCAGAUGAUUGCAAUGGAAAGGGCUGUUUAGAUGACUGUCUUAACAGAAUGAUCUUUGCUGAGUGUUCCCCUAACACUUGCCCUUGUGGUGAACAAUGUUGUAACCAGCGGAUUCAGAGACAUGAGUGGGUGCAGUGUCUGGAACGAUUCCGUGCUGAAGAAAAAGGAUGGGGUAUUCGUACCAAAGAGCCCCUGAAAGCAGGACAGUUUAUCAUCGAAUAUUUGGGAGAAGUUGUUAGUGAACAAGAAUUCAGGAACCGGAUGAUUGAACAGUACCAUAAUCACAGUGAUCAUUAUUGCCUGAACUUAGACAGUGGGAUGGUGAUUGACAGCUAUCGCAUGGGCAACGAGGCUCGAUUUAUCAACCACAGCUGUAAUCCUAACUGCGAGAUGCAGAAAUGGUCUGUUAAUGGUGUCUACCGGAUUGGGCUGUACGCACUUAAGGACAUGCCUGCUGGUACUGAACUGACUUACGACUACAAUUUUCACUCAUUUAAUGUUGAAAAACAGCAACUCUGCAAGUGUGGUUUUGACAAAUGCAGAGGAAUAAUUGGGGGCAAGAGUCAGCGAAUGAAUGGACUCUCAGGAAAAACCACCCAGCCUGUCACCACACACAGAAGGCCUGGACGAUCGAAAGAGAAGAGAAAGUCAAAGCACAAACUAAAGAAGGGGAGGGGCCACAUUCCAGAGGAGAGUAGUGAAAGUGUGAACACGCCAAACAGGCUGACCCCACAGCUUCAGAUGAAGCCCAUGUCCAACAGAGAAAGGAAUUUUGUGCUAAAACGUCAUGUUUUUCUGGUACGGAAUUGGGAGAAGAUUCGGCAAAAACAAGAGGAAGUGAAACAUGUCAGUGACAACAUCCACUCUGCAUCAUUAUAUAAUCGCUGGAAUGGAAUCUGCCGCGAUGACGGCAACAUCAAAUCUGAUGUCUUCAUGACCCAGUUCUCAGCCCUCCAAACCUCCCGUUCUGUGCGAACACGGCGCUUGGCUGCAGCUGAGGAGAACAUUGAAGUGGCUCGUGCUGCACGCCUUGCACAAAUCUUCAAGGAGAUCUGUGACAGCAUCAUCUCCUACAAAGACUCUUCCAGGCAGGCUCUCGCAGCUCCACUGCUGAACCUUCCUCCUAAGAAAAAAAAUGCAGAUUACUAUGAGAAGAUCUCUGACCCCUUGGACCUUGCCACCAUUGAGAAGCAGAUCUUGACUGGGUAUUAUAAAACUGUGGAAGCUUUUGAUGGGGACAUGCUGAAGGUCUUCCGGAAUGCUGAGAAAUACUAUGGCAGGAAGUCUCCGAUUGGACGUGAUGUGUGCCGACUACGGAAGGCGUAUUACAAUGCUCGCCAUGAGGCAUCUGCCCAGAUCGAUGAGAUUGUGGGGGAGACAGCAAGCGAAGCUGACAGCAGUGAGACGUCCAUCUGUGAGAAGGAGAAUGGGCAUGAGAAAGAUGAGGAUGUAAUCCGUUGCAUCUGUGGCCUUUACAAAGAUGAAGGACUCAUGAUCCAGUGUGACAAGUGCAUGGUUUGGCAGCACUGCGAUUGCAUGGGUGUAAAUUCUGAUGUUGAACACUACUUGUGUGAACAGUGUGACCCUCGAUCCGUGGACAGGGAGGUCCCCAUGAUUCCUCGUCCCCAUUAUGCCCAGCCGGGCUGUGUUUAUUUCAUCUGUCUGUUACGGGAUGACCUGUUGCUGCGCCAAGGUGACUGCGUAUAUCUGAUGAGAGACAGCCGAAGAACUCCAGAUGGGCACCCUGUCCGGCAGUCCUACCGGCUGCUAUCCCACAUUAACAGGGAGAAACUUGAUAUCUUCCGCAUAGAAAAACUUUGGAAAAAUGAAAAAGAGGAGCGGUUUGCAUUUGGUCAUCAUUAUUUCCGUCCACAUGAAACCCACCACUCCCCUUCCCGAAGGUUUUAUCACAAUGAGCUGUUCCGGGUGCCACUGUAUGAGAUUAUCCCCUUAGAGGCUGUGGUGGGGACUUGCUGUGUGCUGGACCUCUAUACCUACUGUAAAGGGAGGCCAAAAGGAGUGAAGGAGCAGGAUGUGUAUAUCUGUGAUUACCGCCUUGAUAAAUCAGCCCACCUCUUCUAUAAAAUCCACCGGAAUCGCUAUCCUGUCUGCACCAAGCCGUAUGCCUUUGACCACUUCCCCAAGAAACUCACACCCAAGAGAGACUUCUCACCUCAUUAUGUACCAGACAACUACAAGAGAAAUGGAGGCAGAUCAUCGUGGAAGACAGACCGCUCAAAGCCACAGAUCAAAGACCUGAACCAAGAAGAAGAUCCUCUUCCACUCAUUGAGGAUGUGCUAGCAAGCCAAGAACAAGCUUCAAAUGAGAUGCGCAGCCUGGAAGAGCCAGAGAGAGAGGCAGUCUCUAGUGAGGGCUGUGAGAAUGACAAAAAGGUGGAGGAAAGUGACUCUGUCACAAGGCAACUGUGCACUCCAGAGGAAAGGCGGCAUAUUCAGAGAGAGAGACUUAAUCAAAUCCUGCUCAACCUCUUAGAGAAAAUCCCAGGGAAAAAUGCUAUUGAUGUCACUUACCUGCUGGAGGAAGGAUCAGGAAGAAAAUUGAGGAGGCGUACUCUCACCAUCCUGGAGAGCAGCUUCAGGAAGUGAUGUCCCAGCAACAGACUGUGAUCUGGAGUCCACUACCAGGUCUGCUAGAGACUGAUGGGGAAGCCCCUUCCUUCCUGUACACCAACCAAGGAGAGAUGGGUAGAAGAAAACUGACAUAAAUACAGUUAGCACUUAGAAGUCUGGGCAGGCAGGUGGCCCUGCCUUGCUCUGCAGUGCUCUUAUGAUGUGUGUGUUGUUGGGCGUGCCUUGUAUCGAUGUUAGGUACUGAGAAAACCUUGUGAUUAUUCGUCCAAGAUGGUCAGAUUUAAUUUAUUUUUGCUUAAUGUCCCCACUUGGAGGGAAAAAGAGGGGGUAAAUAGAAGGAUGAGGACUGAUUUACUCUGAUGAGAAUAUUCCCCAUACAGACCAGUUGUCCUAUGAUUGUACAAGAUACCGUUGGCACUGCCAGUGGCGUGUACCAAUGUAUGAAGUCCAUAGGGAGGGUGAAGGCCCAAUGGAUUAAAAUAAAGGCUGCCCUAAAGGAGCGGCCUCAGUUUUGCACAAGUUCAGAGAGGGAAGAAAUGUACCAGGAUGUAUAAAAGGUUCACCGUGAAACGGCCAGUGCCCAGAUGCUCCUUUGAUCUGUAGAGAGGAAAAGCCCCCAGUCAGCUCAGAGUGAAACGAGAGUUGGUUGUUCGAAGCACUUGUUGUUCCGCAUCCUGAAAUGGGGGUGUGUAAUUUUUCACAUUUUUUCUGCAGAGAAAUUUUAUAAAGCGAGUCGAAUCCUGACGACACCAUUGCUGUUGGUUUUUUUGAUAAGCUGUGGUUCUUGUGUGUCCAAUGUGUUGUGCAAAUUAAAAUCUGUUAAAAGAAGAUAAAAAAAGAAACCUUCACUACAUGAACCGUCAAGCAGUAUUCAGAGCGAGUAUUUGUUGUGAACUGUAGAAUAUAUCAACUAAUAACACUAUUCUUGUGUUCUAACUGUACAGCUUAAAACGUCUGUCUCUUAAAGAGACAGUGUAUUUUACCACUCCCUCUCUCUGCCGUCAUGAAAGUGUUGCUCCCAAAGGCUACAGCCAAGGCGCUAACUUUUCACUGCAUGAAAUUGUGAUUGCCAUAGUUUGCCACAAUCUAGUGCUGUACUGGGAUCCCCUGUAUUUCAACAUGUAACCUUCCCCAAUACCCAGUGCCGUGAAGCUGUCAUCUGUCUCUGGGUCAGGCCCUGCUAGUGGCAAAGGGAGGGGGCAGUAGGCAUACACUGCCCCUUUAAAAUAGCUUUGCUUUUUUGUCUUUCAGACGUACAUAUGCAUAUACAGUCCUGUUUUAGAUGUUCUUAUAAGAAAAAACAGUUUUUAAUGUGCCAAGUUGUAUAUAUCUGCUGCGUGGAUGUAAAGCAAUACGGUAGUUACAUGUUCCUUUUUAAUGGACCAAGCUUGUCCUAAUGUACAUUCUUGUUAUUAUUAUAAUUAUUAUUUUACUCUUAGUGGAACAUGACUCAUUCCAUUAACUUUUAUGUGUUGAUUUAAAAAGAAAAAAAGAAAGGAAAAAACCCUUUGAGGAAAAAAAUAUUUUAUUAAAAAAAAGAAAUAAGAAAAUAGUUUGGAAUAUUUUCUUACUGUAGAGAAGCACUGUACAGUACCAGGAACCCUGAGUAUAAAAUACUCGUGCGUGUAGUAGGAAUAUCGCAUGUCCAAAAUUUUGGGUUGUCUCAUUUAGUUAAUAACAGAAAUCAUUGUCUCAAACGGUGUUAAACACUAAAAACUUUUUAAAAAAUAAAGUGCAUACAGAAGCAAGACACUAGCUCUGUCAUUUUAUCUUUCUUUUGUUGAAAGACUAAACAAAAUGUUUUUUAGACAAUCAAAUGUUAGGUAAGUGCAAAGAAUUGUUUUUCUUACUGGUGUAGAAAUUAAUGACUUUUUUUAUUUUUUGGUUAUUUUAUAAUAAUGAGAAGACCAGUGUGUCACCAGGAUCGCUGUUUUAAGACCAGGAAGCACUACAUUAUUGCAAAUAGAUAUGAACUCUUAGUCUGCAUGGGUGUAGGCUGUGUGAUUGCUGAAAAUAAAUGCUGCUAAUAUAUUUCCUUUUUACAAAAGCAUAUCUAAAUAGAUCAUUGUUUUGAUGUUAAUCUUUGUAAAUUAUGUAUUACCAAUUUUAACAUUGGAUGUAAUUGCAUAAAAAGCCUGCAUCUCAAUCCUGAGAGAGUCUAGUAUUAAAUGGAAAAACUUUUCCUAUUGA